AUGUUGGGGCGAAAGCAAAGCCUCAAAGGGGAACCCGUCCUGGCCGAUUAUGGCCCGGAGGAGUUCCUCAAUGAGAGUGCCGACAUCGAGUGGGUGAACAAGCUGUGGGUCCGGAGAUUAAUGAGGCUUUGUGCCCUUGUUUCCCUAGCUUCGGUUUGUCUAAACACUCCUAAGACCUUUGAAAAAGUUCCAUCCCUUCAAUAUGUCACUUUCGUCUGCGACCUCAUUGUUACAUUCCUUUUUACUGCUGAAAUGAUUGCCAAAAUGCACAUUCGCGGUAUUCUCAAGCGAGACAAAUCCUACUUGAAAGAUCACUGGUGCCAGUUUGAUGCCAGUAUGGUUCUUUUUCUUUGGUUGUCAGUAAUACUGCAAAUGUUCGAGAUGCUUGGCUUUGUUCUGAAAUUUAGUUAUGCCUCCGUACUGCGAGCUCCAAGACCUUUGAUAAUGAUUCGAUUUCUACGAGUUUUUCUCAAAUUCUCUAUGCCGAAGGCCAGAAUAAACCAAAUUUUUAAACGAUCGAGUCAGCAAAUCUACAACGUCACACUUUUCUUCUUAUUCUUUAUGUCUCUUUAUGGUCUAUUGGGUGUUCAAUUUUUCGGCCAAUUAACGAAUCAUUGCGUUCUGAAUACUACACACCCAAAACAUAUUACAAUUAAUAGUCUAGCAAUUCCGGACACUUUUUGCUCCACUGAUCCGGAAUCGGGAUAUCAAUGUCCGGCUGGAAUGACAUGUAUGAAACUGGAAUUGUCCAAAUAUAUCAUGGGCUUCAAUGGAUUCGACGAGUUUAUGACCAGUAUCUUCACCGUUUAUCAAGCUGCCUCCCAAGAAGGAUGGGUUUUUAUUAUGUACCGUGCAAUUGACAGCUUACCAGCUUGGAGAGCAGUCCUCUAUUUUAGCACGAUGAUAUUCUUUUUGGCCUGGCUUGUGAAGAACGUUUUCAUCGCAGUCAUAACCGAAACAUUCAACGAAAUAAGAGUACAAUUUCAACAAAUGUGGGGUGUGCGAGGACAUAUUAGCAACAGUUCAGCAUCUCAGAUUUUAUGCGGCGAUGAUAAUGGAUGGAAAUUAAUAACUCUCGACGAAAACAAACAUGGUGGUAUGGCUUCACCUCUCUGUCACGCAGUUUUGCGUUCCCCUCAAUUUCGAAUGUUCGUCAUGUGCAUUAUCCUCGCAAAUGGUGUCACAACUGCGACAAUGAACUUCAAGCACGAUGAGAGACCAAGAGACACUUAUUACGCCAACUACUACUAUGUCGAAAUCGCUUUCACUAUUCUUCUCGACCUGGAAACUCUCUUCAAAAUUUGGUGCCUGGGCUUUCGAAGUUAUUACAAGCACUCAAUACACAAAUUUGAACUGCUUCUUGCCAUCGGCACUACUAUACACAUCAUACCCUUUUUCUACCUUUCCGGUUUCACUUACUUUCAAGUUCUGAGAGUCGUAAGACUUAUUAAGGCAUCGCCAAUGUUGGAGGACUUCGUCUACAAGAUUUUCGGGCCUGGAAAAAAAUUGGGUAGUUUAAUUAUAUUCACUAUGUGCCUGCUCGUUAUAUCUUCCAGCAUUUCCAUGCAGCUCUUCUGUUUCCUCUGCAACUAUACAAAAUUUGAAACCUUCCCUGAAGCCUUUAUGUCUAUGUUCCAAAUCUUGACUCAAGAAGCUUGGGUCGAGGUUAUGGAUGAAACUAUGGUGCGAACACAUGAAACGAUGGCACCGUUCGUUGCUAUUUAUUUCAUCCUCUACCAUCUUUUUGUCACUUUGAUUGUGUUGAGUCUUUUCGUUGCUGUGAUAUUGGACAACUUGGAACUUGAUGAAGACAUCAAGAAAUUAAAACAGCUCAAGUUUCGAGAGCAAAGUGCCGAGAUCAAAGAAACCCUUCCAUUCCGGCUGAGAAUUUUCGAAAAAUUUCCUGACAGUCCACAGAUGACUUGUUUACAUAAAGUCCCUUCCGAUUUUAACCUUCCCAAGGUGAGGGAGAGUUUUAUGAGGCAAUUUGUUUACGAGGUUGAGGAUGAGGAAAAUGAGGGAACGAAAAAAGUUAGUGAAGCUUUCGAUUCAAAGAUGGUCUAUCGGAAGCAAAGACCAGUCAAAAUUUUAAAUGAUCCACCGAAAGUGAGAAAUGUUGUGACACCACUGAAGAAAGCAGCUGUAACAUACAUAAUCAAUGACUCAAACAACCAAAGACUAAUGUUGGGUGAUUCGGCAAUGAUACCAGUGCCAGGAAAAGGGUUGUUGAAACCUCAGGGUACAAUCAGCAGCGCCAAGCAAUUGCGGAUUGAUCAGAAGAAAUCAAUUCGCAGGAGUGUCAGAAGUGGCUCCAUAAAAUUGAAACAAACUUAUGAACAUCUUAUGGAAAAUGGUGACAUAGGAGCCAUAAAUCGAGUCAGUUCAUCAAGAAGUAGACCACACGAUUUGGACAUCAAACUUUUGCAGGCGAAACGACAGCAGGCGGAAAUGCGAAGAAACCAGAGAGAAGAUGACCUGAGAGAAAACCAUCCUCUCUUCGACACGCCGCUUUUCGCAGUGCCACGUGAAAGUAAAUUUCGAAAAAUUUGUCAACUUUUGGUCUACGCGCGAUACGAUGCAAGAUUAAAAGAUCCUCUUACUGGCAAAGAGAGAAAAGUGCAAUACAAAAGUUUACAUAAUUUUCUUGGACUUGUGACUUAUUUGGAUUGGGUGAUGAUUUGCUCCACGACUCUUUCCUGCAUAUCGAUGAUGUUCGAAACACCAAAGUAUCGCGUUAUGGAAAUUCCAGCUUUGCAAGUUGCAGAAUAUGGAUUUGUUAUUUUUAUGAGUCUCGAAUUGGCUCUUAAAAUUUUAGCAGAUGGGUUAUUUUUCACCCCAAAAGCGUACAUCAAGGAUGUUGCCUCAGUUUUGGACGUAUUUAUCUACGUGGUGAGUCUCGUAUUUCUUUGCUGGAUGCCAAAAAGUGUACCACCAAACUCUGGUGCUCAACUCUUGAUGAUUUUACGCUGCGUAAGACCCUUGCGAAUUUUCACUUUGGUGCCUCACAUGAAAAAAGUUGUUUACGAGUUGUGCAGAGGAUUCAAAGAAAUAUUGUUGGUAUCAACUUUGCUGAUACUAUUGAUGUUUAUUUUUGCGAGUUAUGGUGUACAGCUUUAUGGAGGCCGAUUGGCUCGUUGUAAUGAUCCCACAAUUCUAAAGAGAGAAGAAUGUGUCGGAGUAUUUAUGAGAAGAGUAUUCGUAACAAAAAUGAAACUUCAGCCUGGACAAAACGAAAGUUAUCCAUCCAUUUUGGUUCCACGUGUUUGGGCAAAUCCGAGGCGAUUUAAUUUUGACAAUAUAGGAGAUGCGAUGCUAGCCUUAUUUGAAGUUUUGUCAUUCAAAGGUUGGCUGGACGUUCGAGAUGUAUUGAUAAAAGCUCUUGGCCCUGUCCAUGCAAUUUACAUUCACAUCUAUAUUUUCCUUGGCUGUAUGAUUGGUCUCACACUCUUCGUGGGUGUUGUGAUUGCUAAUUAUUCAGAGAACAAAGGCACUGCUUUGCUGACUGUGGAUCAGAGGCGAUGGUGUGACUUGAAAAAGAGAUUGAAAAUUGCUCAACCUCUUCAUCUGCCUCCGAGACCAGACGGGAAAAAGUUUAGAGCAUUCAUAUAUGACAUAACUCAGAAUAUCUACUUCAAAAGAUUCAUCGCUGUCAUGGUUCUAAUAAACAGUUCACUUCUCUGUGUUUCGUGGAGAAUUGAGACAGAACACACUGAAGCUUUGGCUUUAGUCUCAACACUUUUGACGCUGGUCUUCCUGGUAGAAGUUGUAAUGAAAAACAUUGCUUUCACACCACGUGGAUAUUGGCAAUCGAGGAGAAAUAGAUAUGAUUUAUUGGUGACUGUAGUCGGGGUCAUCUGGAUUGUUAUUCACGGAACAAUGAAAAAUGAUUUAUCGUAUGUGAUUGGUUUCAUGGUUGUAAUCCUACGAUUUUUCACCAUCACUGGAAAACAUACAACCCUGAAAAUGUUGAUGCUGACAGUUGGAGUUUCAGUCUGCAAAAGUUUCUUUAUCAUCUUUGGAAUGUUUUUAUUGGUAUUCUUUUAUGCCCUGGCUGGAACAAUUAUAUUUGGAACCGUUAAAUAUGGUGAAGGAAUAGGAAGAAGAGCAAAUUUCGAAUCGCCUGUAACAGGAGUUGCAAUGCUUUUUCGAAUUGUCACGGGCGAAGACUGGAAUAAAAUCAUGCACGAUUGUAUGGUUCAACCACCCUAUUGCACGCCUGCCCCAAAUUAUUGGGAAACAGACUGUGGAAAUUUUCACGCCUCCUUGAUUUAUUUUUGCACUUUUUAUGUCAUCAUUACUUACAUCGUUUUGAAUUUACUAGUGGCUAUUAUCAUGGAGAACUUUUCCUUAUUUUACUCGAAUGAAGAGGACGCGCUAUUGUCAUACGCGGAUAUCAGGAAUUUUCAGAAUACAUGGAACGUAGUUGAUAUUCACCAAAGGGGAGUCAUUCCAGUCAGGCGGGUGAAAUUUAUUCUACGACUAUUGAAAGGUAGACUAGAAACCGAUCCUCAAAAAGACAGAUUACUUUUUAAGUACAUGUGCUAUGAACUUGAACGGCUGCACAACGGUGAGGACGUUACAUUUCACGAUGUCAUCAACAUGUUGUCCUACCGAUCAGUGGACAUCCGAAAAGCACUUCAACUUGAAGAAUUGCUUGCUCGGGAAGAGUUUGAGUACAUUAUCGAAGAGGAAGUGGCAAAGCAAACUAUCAGAACGUGGCUUGAGGGAUGCUUGAAAAAAAUUCGAGCCAAACAACAAAAUAGUCUCAUCGCUGGUCUGAGAGCGACCAAUGAUGCACUUCAGCAACAAGAUCAUUUGGAAGAAAAGGCUAAGGAGGAUACCGAAGGUCUAAGACACAGAAGUAAAAAACCAGUUGUUCUUCCAAGAUCGGACAGCAUUGGAAGCGGAUCAGGAAGAAAAUAUCUUGCUCCUACUUUAUCUGAUCCGGCCUCAGUGAGGUCUGAUAAGGACAAGAUUGGAGCCUCUAAAAAGAGGAAUAAUAGACCUCCACCCAUAGUUAAAAACAAUUUGCCCCACGUGACAGAAGGAGCUGAGCAGAUUCGUCAGCCUAAAGAAGUAUUCAAUCUAAAAUCAUCUCCUCCCAAAGUGACCAACAUCGUAACAGAAGUUCGCGAUUGGUGGCGAGAGCAAUUAGCUUACAGUAGUGACACCAGUGACGAUGACUUAUGA